AUGGCGUUUAACUCGGGCUCUCUCUUCGGAGGGGGCGGCCUUGGAAGCUCUACCAUCCCUCAGUCGACUGGCCUUUUCGGCCAGUCCAACUCGACGAGUGCAUUCGGCAAUGCAUCUACUUCGGUUGGAACUACACAGGGUGCCCAAACAUCUUCGCUUUUCGGCCAACCCAAAGCUCAGCAGCAACCGCCCGACCAAUCUUCUCUACUAGGACAGGCUCAGCAACAGUCCACCACUACCCAAACACAAGGGGGAACUUCGACUCAAGCAACGCAGCCCGCCUUUUUCAACAGUCUACUUGAACGUGGUAAGAAACGGCCGUUUACUUCAGCAGGCCAGAGCGGCAACUUUGAAGACAUCCCCAGUCUGCAACUUGGCUUGGACGAUAUCCGCAGAAAGGCAAGAGAGUUGGGUACCUCUGGGAGCAAAGACUCUCAACAGAAUAUCGCGACAGGCAAAGCUCAUUAUCUACUUGCGUCCUCUGGCAUCUCCCCAGGACGCACUUUGCGAGACCUCCGAUCAUUGGAUCCGCAGGCAUCUCUCACCGCAGCAAGGGAGCCCGAUACGUUUGACCCCGACAACCAGCGAUUCCUGCGGAAUAUCCAGCAACGCGGCCGGCAAGCCAUGGUCGCGGAAAGCCUCUCUCGGGCUCAAAGGGAUUUCGAUACAUUCUUGGAAGAGAAGGUGGAUAUGGAUUGGGAGGAACAACGCCGGAGAAUUUUCGACCAUUUCGGGCUUUCCCAGAAAGAUGCAGCUAAUGCUGGCCACAUGAAAUCUACCAUGCAAGGAGCCUUCGGCAGGUCAGGAAGACAAUCGAAGCAAGCGGGAAUAAACCCUGUCAACGGACCUUCCGCGACAUCUCGCAGGAGUGUCUUCGGCCGUUCUGGUCUGGAUAAAUCUGUGAUCGGGACCCCGGGUGCUGGCCUGACAAGUCGCCAGCUUUUUGAAGACCCAGCAGAGCGAAGUGAGGGUCUUGCUGCCACUGUGUCGCCAAGCUCGCGGCCUUCGCGUGAAAAGAUGAGCAAGUACGCGGAGAAGGUCCAACACCUGAACACUAUCCGACUCCAAGAUCAGACCUUCCCGGUCCUUCACCAAUUUGCGGACGUUGAAUUGGAAACCGGUGGUGAUGUCCCCCGCCAAAUUUCCGAUGCCUAUCGAGCCUUGGUUAAUAUCGUUGGCGAGAAACCCACCAUUUCUGGUGCAGAGGAUCCCAUGGCUGUACGGGAGCGUCACUAUGCCUCGUCUUACUUGGACGAGUCGACCAAGUCACGUACUGCAAUCAAACUCAAGCAGCGAAUUUUGGAAGGAUCGAGGGAGUUUCUCGAACAGAUGUUCUACAGCCAAGUGGAAAGCGACAUUGCCAAAAAUCCUCGCGAGGCGCAGGUUGGUGGUAUCCCAAGUGUGUUGAACAAAAUUCGUGCAUAUAUUCGCCUUCGCGCGGCCAGGAAGGACCUGGCCCCGGACGGAACGGAGUUGCAGAUGAUUGGGCCUGACUACUGCUGGAUCCUCAUCUUCUAUCUUCUUCGAUCGGGCCAUGUCGACGAGGCCGUUCGGUAUGCAACGGGAGACCACGGAUUCAAGUCUAUGGAUCAUAAAUUUGUGACAUACAUUGCUUCCUGGGCGAAGGAAAGACGACUCCCGCGUGACAUGCAGCAGAGGAUCAAUGGUGAAUACCAGCAGCGCCUGCGCAAUGCGCCUGAAGGUACUGUUGACCCAUUUAGAAUGGCUUGCUACAAGAUCAUUGGCCGGUGUGAUCUCACCGGCCGACGCCUCGAUGGUGUCAACCAGAGCGUUGAAGAUUGGAUGUGGCUGCAGUUUAGUCUCGCUCGGGAAGAUGACCGCGCCGAAGAGGCCGCGGGCGACAUCUUUGGCCUGGAGGAUAUUCAAACCGAUAUCACCGAGAUUGGUCAAAGAGUUUUUACUAAAGGCCAAGACGGGCCUGGUGGCUACGGGACAUUCUUCCUCCUUCAGAUUCUUGGAGGCAUGUUCGAGCAGGCUGUGGCAUACCUUGGAACCUACGACUCUGUUGCUGCUGUUCAUUUUGCAAUUGCACUGGCGUACUACGGCCUCUUGCGCGUGUCUGAUUUCUAUGUUUCCGGUGAUGAAAUUCUUUCAUUCACGGUGAAGCAAUUCCCGCAAAUCAACUUCGGGUACCUUAUCACCCAAUACACACGUGAAUUCCGUACUGGAAAUGUUGAAGCUGCAAUCGACUAUUUCACUUUGAUCUGUCUCAAUGCAGAUCUCCCUGGCUCCCUGGGCAAGUCCCAGUCAUCUGUGUGCCACGAGGCGCUGCGUGAAUUUAUUCUCGAGACCAGAGACUUCGCGAAGUUGCUAGGCGAUAUUCGUGCGGACGGUUAUCGGAUCAAGGGUCAAGAUUUCUUAAAGAACAUCACAGUCCAAGCGGCAGCGGUGGCGGAUGACAAGGGAUUAGUGACUGAUGCUGUCCUUCUAUAUCACCUGGCCGAGAACUACGACCGCGUCAUCGAAAUCAUCAACCGUUCGCUGUCGGAUGCGAUUGCGGUUGAGCUGGGUGGCGCCAUAUCCAAACUCCAGCCUCUCCGUCCAAGGGUUGCAGAGGGUCAGAAUGAGCCUGGCAGUAGUCUCAGUUUGACUACUGUUGAUGAUCCCGUUGCCCUCGGCAAGAACAUGAUCACUCUCUAUGAUUCGAAGCCGAUGUACUACGAAAGCAUCCGUCCAGUGAACCGGGAUGCCUGCGCCCUGCUGAUUCGGAUGAUGGAUGCGAAGAUUGAAGUCGAAGCUGGCCGGUGGCCAGAGGCGCUCGAUGCUAUCGACCGUCUUGGUGUUCUUCCACUGCGGGCUGGUGGCUCUAUGCCGCAAAUUCGAAACGCUGCUCAUGCAUUCUCGUCUCUCCCUGAUUCUAUUUCACGGAACAUCGGCCCUGUCAUCAUGUGGAGCAUUGCCUGUAUCGGGUACGAGCGCCACAAACAGACAUCCGGACCCUAUGACACUGCUACGCACCAGGGAUUCGCAGAGCAACUGCUUGGCAUGGCGAAGGACCUAAUGGUAUUCUCCGGAAUGGUCAAGUACAAGUUGCCACCGAAGGUGUAUGAAGCACUGGCUCGCGCCGGUACCGAUAUUGGAGCGUUCUAG